CUGGGAGGACCCGGGGACGGAAGAGGGUGGCCGUAGGCCGGGCCCCGCCCCGGGGCCGUCUCCCAGCGGGUUCCUUUUGCCUUGGCUGCCUCCGAGGCUGUGGCGGCAGUGGCCGCCGGGCGCACGUAAGAUGGCGACUGCAGCAGCGGAAACCCUGGGCCUCCUGUGGGGCUGGCUGUGGAGCGAGAGCUUCUGGCUGCCUCAGAACGUGAGCUGGGCGGACCUGGAGGGCCCGGGCGACGGCUACGGCUACCCGCGCGCCCAGCACGUGCUGUCCGUGUUCCCGCUGGCAGUGUGCAUCUUCUCCGUGAGGAUGCUGUUCGAGCGAUUUAUUGCCAAGCCCUGUGCACUCCGUGUGGGCAUUGAAGACAGUGCUUUCUGUAAGGUGGAACCAAAUGACAUCCUUGAGAAGGUGUUCGUAUCUGUUACUAAGUAUCCUGAUGAGAAAAGGCUGAAGGGCCUAUCAAAGCAACUGGACUGGAGCGUGCGAAAAGUCCAAUGCUGGUUUCGCCAUCGGAGGAAUCAGGACAAGACUCCAACGCUCACCAAAUUCUGUGAAAGCAUGUGGAGAUUCACUUAUUAUUCAUGUAUCUUCUGCUACGGAAUCAGAUUUCUCUGGUCGAUGCCUUGGUUCUGGGAUACCCGACAGUGCUGGUACAACUAUCCAUAUCAGCCACUCUCAAGAGAGCUGUAUUACUAUUACCUCACACAACUGGCUUUUUACUGGUCUCUUAUGUUUUCUCAGUUUAUAGACGUUAAAAGAAAGGACUUCCUGAUGAUGUUUAUACAUCAUACGAUUGGCAUUGUACUCACCACUUUCUCCUACGUCAACAACAUGGUGCGAGUGGGAGCUAUCAUCUUCUGUCUGCAUGACUUCGCAGACCCCUUCCUGGAAGCUGCCAAGAUGGCCAAUUAUGCCAGAUGUGAGCGACUCUGUAUCGCCCUCUUCGUGAUCUUUGCCGCAGCUUUUAUCGUUACUCGGCUAGCAAUCUUCCCAUUGUGGAUUCUGAACACAACCCUCUUUGAGAGCUGGGAGAUUAUUGGGCCCUACCCUUCCUGGUGGCUCUUCAAUGCCCUUCUCCUGAUCCUGCAGGUGCUCCAUGCCAUCUGGUCCUACCUAAUUGUACGGACUGCUUCUAAAGCCUUGAACAGGGGAAAGGUGUCUAAGGAUGACCGCAGUGAUGUAGAGAGCAGCUCAGAGGAAGAAGAUGAGACAACACACAAAAACCACCUCUCUGGCAGCAGCUCCAGCAAUGGUGCCAACUGCAUGAACGGCUGCAUGGGAGGCAGCCACUUGGCUGAAGAGCAAGAGCGGGGGAUUUGUAAAGCCACUGGCAACCUACAUUUUAGGGCCUCCCCACAUUUACACUCCUGUAACUAGAGGGACUGCAAGGCACUGAGGAGAAUCAAAGAAAUAUUUUUGUGUUUUAAAGAAACUCUGCCGUUUUGUAUUUAAUGCCCCCUGGUCCUUUCAGUAACAUUAUUGGCUCUGUGUGGUUUUUGUGUUGAUUGUAUAUGUGUAUUGUGCAUAUGAAUGACUUUCAUUGACUAGGUUGGGGCAUAAUUCUGGAUUACUAGUCAUUGUCUGGUCACUUCUGAACCCACCUUAAGUCCAGCAUUGGCUGCAUCUUUAGUUAAGCUGUCUCCAGACCAUCUGUGUCCUUGUUCCAUGGCUCUUGAGACUCUAGGUUCCUGAUCCAUCUAAAUAAGUGGUGCCACCAGACUCAGCUCCAGGACUUGAAAAUUGUUCUUUUGGAGGAGGAAGUAAUAUUUCACCUGAUGGAACACUACCCAGGGUCACUGUAGCCCCUAGCUACAUGUCCCCUUCCUACCACCUGAUAGUGGCAGGGACAACUACUGAUACCCUGCUGCUUAUUCAAUGGUACGCAGGGAGGGGGAAGGGUAGGAGAGGAUGAGCUGAGAUUUGGAGAACAGCAGCCACUGGUUGUGCUGUUAAUGAUUUUAUACUAUUGUUUAUUCUUCUGUGAUUAAAGUGUUUCAACCUUC